GUGCUAGACUACAAUUGUAGUAGUAUCUCCCUUGUCGAAGUUUGCACGUCCGCUUGGUCUCACUUCUUUUUAGGUGAUCAUGCAGUACCCAGCCAGGUAAUUCCACAGACAAGUAUUUAGGAAGGGUCACUACUACCUGAAAUAGAAUUAUUUUACCACACCACGUAGAUCUACACCGGUUACGGAGCUGGUUGAGAUUGUCGACCUACGAACGUGUGAGAGUGACUGUCGUCCGCUCGUGACACGGUGGAAAUGUUGGGCCGCAGCACUGCGUGGCUGUGCUUCCUCUUGGCUUCUUGUGGGUGUGCGUCCGCGUCCGGAGUGGCGGAUGGUGGUGAGGAGCGUGCAGUCUUCCAACGGGACAAGCGGAGCAGCAGCGUGGUGUCCGGGAUCAUGCAAGAGGGAGUCGGCAACCUGUCAUGCCCCUACGCAAGGACCGUUCAUUUGAAGUAUGAAUGGACCGACAUUCAGCCUGAAUAUGCUGCUUACAAUUUUACCCAAUUCCUGGUCGACAUAAAGGCGGCAGUUGCUGCGGGAAAACUGGUGUACUACACUAUCGAAACAGGCGCAGCAGCUCCACAAUGGCUCUACAACAAUGGAGUGCCCAGAGUUGUCGUCAACUUCACCGCAAACGACUUGCGAGAUUUCCCCUACUAUCUCAGCACCAAUUACACGCACUUCUUCAUGAACAUGACGUCGACGGUGAGGCUGUUCAUUGCGUCACUGCCGAGUGAUCUGGGUGCUGCUCUCACUGGUGUCGAUGUUGUGUUGGGGUCCACUGGUGAUGUAGCACCAUGGCACGGUCCUGCCCAGAAUCCCAAGUACGAGAUACCAAGAGAUGUGUGGCUGAGUUACUGGCAUAAUUACACCAUCCGAGUGGUGCAGGAGUAUCGUUCCAUUGCCUUGAAGAAUGACCUGUUUGCACUCAACGUACACGGUCUGGAAGACAUCCCCGGCUUGACGGAGCAAUUGGCUGAUAUUGUGGGCUACGAGCACCUUGGAAAUGCAGCACAUGAAGUAUGCAAGCAGUACCAGGAGACCGGAGAACGCUUGAGCCUGAUGUGGAACGACACAAUGUAUCACUUGAUGCAUACGCCGCACACUGGUGGCCAGUAUAUUCGGGCUGUGUGCUUUCAGGAUAGACACUUAAUGGAGGGCAACAUGAACCCGGUUGCCACCGCGUGGGCAGCCAUUACCUGGUCUUUGACUUGGAACCUGGAUAGCAUGCGUGCCAUGGAGUGGGAGCUGGAUGCCUACCCAACGCAGAUCUGGCCGAUGCUGAAGUUUUUCAACAAGUAUGCCGGCGUGCGCCAUGCCAACGAGUCCCCGGGUGCUUGGGCGUAUCUGCACGAUGGUCUGAAUGCUGCCGACACGGUCCGAUUCCCGGAGCAGACGUUUGGCAAGGCCAGACUAAGCAACGCGGAUAGGAUGAAAGCCAUUGCAGAGGCGUUCAGCUGGGCAGGAGCGCGACAGGAUGACCCACAUCACGCCACACAGGGAACCCAGUCAGGACGACAGCGCACUGCUUGGAACGAUGUUGGCUGGGAAAUCCUUCCCACGAACUACAACAUGUACCUCACCCAACUGGAUCCAGUGGAGACAACGGACGGGAGGUGGAGGGUGGGAAAUGCCAACAGCACCGAAGGAAGCAACUUCUGGGGACGCUUUGCCCGCUCAUUCAACCACUCGUUUGGCAAGAAUGUGAUGCUAUUCCAACUGGAUCGCAACCUGUCCACAGCGCUUACAUCUGGAUCGGUCUAUCUGCGCAUAGUGUACUUGGAUGAUAAUGCAGGACAGUUCAGCAUAUACUACAGCCAAGACGCACCGGCGGCAAUGCCAGUAUCAGCCGCAGCAGCUCACAAUAGCUCUGAUGAUGCGGGCCUAGCUGGCUGUGCCAAGCUUGCCACGGUGAGGAAAGCUGCUAGUAACACCUGGCUUACUGCAGCUUAUAACGUUAGUAAGUUGAGCUUUUCUGCUGCCUGCCAGCGGAGCAGCAACAUUGUCAUUUCGAAUGAUGAUGUCACUGAUGAUGUCAUUGCUUUCAUUGAAUUGUCUCUGAAACCAUAUGAUGACGAUCUCACAUACAUGUAGCCUUGACUCGAUAUGACGGUGGGCAAAGCUUCAUCACAAGUAAGGCAGAACGAGGUACCAGGGUCACAUGAACACCUUGAAGACUUCUCCCUCGACUCCCAGGAUCACUUAUAUAAGUUUGAUACAUGUAUAGAGUUUGUGGUACCGGGUGAUGUCCAACCCUGCCCAACUCAGUGAUGUAGGGCUUACUGUGCGUGGUCCAGGUCCAUGGCCAUGGUUAGAGGAUGGAGUAUACCUAGCACUACCGGCAUCCAUUACUAUUAAAAUUAUUACUAAGCUAUCACUACAGACUGUGCAUAUCAUACAGUGAGUAAUGACUCCCAUUGAUAAUGGCUAUACCUGCAUGUACAUGUAUGCAGUCAAAUACUCCU